GGACGCCCGCGGAGGAAGUUCAAAGUAUUUGGAUUUUGCAGUGAAUCAGAGGGAAGAGCACGCGAUAUUCAUAUAAUGAUGGUUCAUGUUUUACUAUGGCGUACGGCGAUAAAAUAGUAGUUCAAUGAGGUUUGAUCAAGUAUGACAGCAACGGUACACCAGAGGCAAAAACAAAGGUGUGAGGCGGGCCAAAGGGGUUUUUCCCCGGAUUCACACUGAGGCACUGGAAAAGGCAAGCGAGAGAAAAGGAUGGAUGACCAUUUUUGGUGUGAUUGUUCCGAGCAGUCCCCUUUUCCGCUUACAGAAUGAAUGCAAGUGAGUCAGCACUGUGUCCGUUGUAACAAAUUAUGGCCCCGUUUAUCAAACCAAGAGAUAAAGACCACCCAACCGUAUUUCCCAAUAAUAACGAUGUCUCUGGUCAAGGCAUGAGUACAAAUACCCAUUCCAAACGUCCCUGGAAUGGCUGCCAUCUCGUCAAUUUUAACAACAACAAUAACAACAAGGAGCAUUCCUUUCCUCAUCCUUUGAACCUCAUUCGUCCCGCCAGCCUCGGUUUCAGCGCCAGCACUGUUCCACCAACCAAUACCACUCACGGCACCAGUCCAUCACCUUCCAGCAUGCCCAUCUCCGUCUCUCAUGCACCCUUACAUCCCGCGCCCUGUCUGAGUUCUGCCGAGUCGAAUAGCCAAGCAUCGGGCAGUGCCGAUUUGGAGGGACUGAUUUCCUUGAUGAAGACACACAAAGUGUCUGAGCAACCACGAGAGACUCGUGUCGAUUCAAAUAACGAAAAACAGCUAUCAAGUCUUUUCAACUUUACAUUCAACGACACCAGCUUGUCAUCCGCUUCGACCUCACUCUCAUCGUCGGAUAGUCCAGUGGCUCUGGCGGCAUCGGCAAAGGAGUCUCAUCCUGUGCCCACAGACACGCCCACCAGCCAACUCAUCGCUUUUCAUCGUUCUCAAUUCUCUUUUCCUCCACCAACCUCUGUAGAGUUUUUUAACGGUAUAAGAAAUGCCGCUCCACUCGGUAUCAAACAGCCAUCCGUAGCGGGCAUGCCUCCUCCUCCAGCCAAGCUGGCGUCAUCGAGUGAGGGGAACCACGUAUACCACACUUCCGCAAAUGACACUUCAACGUUGGCCUCUACCACUUUGCCGUCUUCCCGAGUGGACCAAGAUGCAACGCCACCUUUCAACGAUCCCAAUUUGCCUAUACGCGUAUUCCCCGAUUCGAAAUAUAUCCAAUUGCAAUACCGCAAAAUCCUGCCUCUUCCGACGAAACGUUCGAAACGAAAGACCGCCACCGCCGGCAUGAAAGCAGCAGCAGGUUCCGACGAAAGCGCAGAUACAUCAUCUAAAGAAUUCCUGGACAAUCAAGUAUCUUCAGAAAACUCGCCAACCGAUAAUACUGACUCUAAUCUUUCGGUGUGGGAUUUUCCUGCCGCAACCGCUUCGCAGACUGACAAUCCUACGGCGGCUGAUGACGGACCCUGGAUGCAGGACAGUGAGGCUCACAUUCCUUCUUCCAACGAAUCGCAGCCAUCAGUAUCAUUAUUUUCAAUGGAUCAUGAUGCAUCGCAUCCAUUUUCAUCUGCGCAUCCAAAUGAGGCGGGAUCGAGGGAAAGCGCAAAAAAGUUGAAAUGCUCUCGAGUCUAUGAAAGAAACCGAGAGGAACUACCGAUUGCGACGCCUCGGCAGCGCGAACGAUGGUGUAGAGUGACAGAAAAUGAUCGACCGGGGACCAGUUUCAGAACCAAUCUUCAGGCGACGUUUCCGGACCACAAUUUUGAGUUUUCGUUAGAUCCUGCCAUCCAACCCAAUUGGGACCAGUUGUCCGCUUUGAAUGAUGCAUGUGGUUCGACGGCGACCGAAUUUGGUCACAAUGCAACGAGAAACGAGAGCAAGGCGCCAUCUUCCCCCAUCAUAGCUGAUGCACCUGCACAAUCACCAGAAAUAUCGAAAGCGGUUCGAUCCACGGAAACAGGUGCAAAGAAGAAAAAGUCGUCCAGACGAAAAAAGGGCAAACCAGGUAUCAAACAAGGCGAAAAAGAAUUGGAUCCUCAACAUAUCAAGACGUCCGUCUCUGCUUCUGGAUCUCAGAUGAGCGCUUCAUCCACGAGUAAAAAGAAGAGUAAAAAGGGGCAGCGAAAAAAGGAACAGGAAGCACCAUCGUUGCUGUCAACGGAUCUCUGGGCAUCCGAUCUAUCCAUGAUACGAAGUGCGCUUCCUGAAGACUGGAUCUGCUUGUUCUGCCAAUAUGACAUCUUUUGCAAUGGCUUGAUGAAAGCUCGACAGAAAAAUGGCUAUUACAAACGAUUACGGGAGCGACAACGACGGUUAAAGGAGGCUGAGGAUCGACGGCUGUGUGAAGCUUCUUCUACCAUUGUCAGUGAUACAGAAGACGAUCAAUGGGACCCCAGCCUUGCUAUUUCCGAUAAACCUAUUUCCUGUGAAUCGCAACCUCAACACUCCAAUCCCAAUCCUACUGCGGGCCGUUUAAAUUCUCAGCAGAGGAUGCCAAGAGGAAAUAAUCCUGCCCCAUAACCUGAUACAUACCAUCUACUUAAACACACGUUCUGUCUUUUGAUUUUCCAUCUUUUACAGUAUCUUUCGCUUUGCUCGUGGAAGAACCGAUCUAUUUUUUGUUGGUUUUACCAAAUAAUUCUGCCACCUAUCCAUCAAAGGCAUGAUAUGAUUUUAUUCUGUGAAAUUCGUCGGAUAUCACAGGCAUGAAAAAAAAAUGAUGAGUAAUCUAUGCUAGUAGAAAUGAAAAAAUGAGAAUAAUGGCAUGAGAUAAGAAACUAUUAUAAUGAUUCUAGUCUAUUCAAGAAUACGUUCUAGUAAUUUAA